AAAUAAACAUUGAAAUAUUGUGUGGUUAUGUACAUUUGUUUAUUUUUAAAUAAACUAAUUAAUUAUAAAUUUCAAAUGAAAAUAGACAGUUAAAUUAUUGUAGAAAUAUUUUGUUAAUUAUCAAAAGAAUUAAUUCGUUUCGAUUUUUAUAUGGGAUGAGGAUUCAUCAGCAUCAUCAACAAACCCUUGACAGUUCUUGGUGUUGUCAUUAACAUUUAGUGUUUAAUUGUUAACUUAGUAAUUUAAACAGUCAUUUUGAUAAUGUUUAAAUGUAAACGCAGUGCUUGAUAUUUAUUUAUUUCAAAUCGAAAAAUGCACAAACAAAUUACAAUUGUUUCUGAGUUAUAAAUUCAAAAAUUUCUAACAACUAAAAAAUGCUGUUUAAAAAACCAAAAUAUGUUUUAAUUAGUCUCAUUAUUUGGAGAUUAAUAUCUGUAUAUAUUGUACAAACAAGUCAUGUACCAGAUGAAUAUUGGCAGUCUCUUGAAGUAGCUCAUAAUUUAGCAUUUAAUUAUGGUCAUCUAACAUGGGAAUGGAAGUCAAUGAUAAGAAGUUACAUAUAUCCAUUUUUAAUAUCAGUAUUGUACAAAAUUUUAGCAACACUUAAUUUAGACUCUGUCAAUAUGUUGACAACAAUUCCUCGAAUAUUUCAAGCAGCCCUAAGUGGAUAUGCUGAUUACAGAUUUUAUCUUUGGACGAAAAAUAAGCUAACAGUAUUUUGUUUAGCAAUCAAUUGGUACUGGUAUUAUUGUGCAACAAGAACUUUAACAAAUACUUUGGAGACAUCAUUAACAAUAAUUGCACUAUCAGUAUUUCCUUGGAGAAAAAAUAAAAGAAACACAUCAAAUGACACAAAAUUUCUAUGGAUAUUAGGAUUUAUAUGUGCAAUAAGACCAACAAUAAUUAUUCCAUGGAUACCACUUUGUCUUUAUCAUAUAUUUUCAUCAACAAAAAGUAUUAUACUUUUAUUUUUUCAAUACACUGGUAUUGUAAUAUUUACACUAACAUAUUCAACAAUAAUUGACACAUAUUGUUAUGGUGAAUUAAUAAUAACACCCCUAGAAUUUUUUCGUUUAAAUAUCAUUAAUAAUAUCGCUGAUUUUUAUGGCAAGCAUCAUUUAUUGUGGUAUUUUUUUGUUGGCUUACCUGUUAUAAGUGGAUUGUUUGCCAUUUAUUUACCAUUUGUUGGAUAUGAAAUUAUAAAAAAUUAUCGUAAUUUAACUAAACAAUUAGUUUGUCUUGUUUCGAUUCUAUGGACAAUUUUUAUUUAUUCAUUAUUGGAACAUAAAGAAUUUAGAUUUUUAUUGCCAAUUUUACCGAUGAUUAUUUAUAUUUGUACGUGUACACCAUUUACAAAUAAUUUAAUGUCAAAUAAGUUUAAAAAAUUGUUAAUUGGAAUAUUAAUUUUAACUAAUAUUUUACCGGGUAUUUAUUUUAGUGUUAUUCAUCAACGUGGUCCACUUGAUACUGUUAAAUUUUUAGAGGAUAAAUUGACUGUUGAAAAUUUAGAUAAACAUGAUAUUAUGUAUUUAACACCUUGUCAUGCUUUUCCACUUUACAGUCAUAUACAUAAAAAUAUAACAAUUAAAUUUUUAACUUGUGAACCAAAUUUACAUUACAUCAAUAAUUAUACUGAUGAAGCUGAUGAAUUUUUUCAAAAUCCAAGCAAUUGGCUUGAUGAUAAUUAUAAAAAUUUAUCAUUACCUAGUCUUUUAAUUGUUUAUGAUAAUAUUGUUAAUCGUAUAUCUGGUUUUUUAAAAAAUUAUAAACCAAUUGUUAAAUUAUUUAAUUCACAUUUUCCACAAAAUAAUUAUGGUCAUUAUAUCAUUGUUUAUGAGCGAAUUAAUUAAUGCUUAAAAAUUAUAAAUAAAUAAUUUAUUAUGUUGUUUAAAAUAUAUUAAUAUUUAAUUAUUUUAAUAAGAAUAUUAUUUUUUUUCUUUUCAACGACUUGGUCUAUUUUAUUUUUAUAUUAUUAUUUUUCAAUUUUUUGUGUCGACAGUUAGGAGACCUUGAACACUUGUACUCAAACUAUUUUUAUAAAGUUUGGAAUUUAAAAAUAUUAAUGCGUAUUUAUUAUUUAAAAAAUAAUAAACUAUUAUCAAUUAAUUUGAUAUAAAAAAUGAAUAUUUAAAAUAUUUAAUACGUUUGAUUAAUUUAUUUUGAAAAUUAAAUUAUAUUAUUAAAAUUGUUGAAUAUAUUUCGGUUUAUUAUAGAAAAAAAUUGAUAUUAAAAUAGUAAUUUUAGAGUGGUGGUAAUUCAAGUAACUUGAGAAACUUAUUUUAUUAUUUUUUUUUGAUUAUUAUAACAGUCUUGAUUCAAGCAUUUUGCCAAAAAGUCUUUUUAUAUUUUAUUAUUUGACGAUAUUCAAGUACAUCAAUGUUUAUAUUAUUUCCAAAAUAAAUAAACAAUUAAAUAUAAAAAAAUAAA